UAUUACGGUGCAGCGGGGCAAGGUGUGCCGCGAAAGGACGGCGCACAACACAACGCUCUCCGCCAUGCUGCGCACCGCGAGCAGCAUCGUCCUGCGGCUGCGGCCCGCGCCGGCCGCGGGAGGCCCAGCGGCAGCGCCCAUGAGCAUGCUGGCGCCGAGCCCGCUGAGACUGCAGCAGCUGCAGGACAUCAAGACCCUGGACGACUUCUUCCCCAAGGUGGUGGCUCAGCUGCAGGAAGAGUCCGUCGUGUGCGGCAUCCCCAGCGAGACGGAAUGGCUGGCCAAACUGCUCCACCACACCGUGCCGGGGGGCAAGAUGGUUCGGGCGCUGGCCACGUACAACGGCAUGCGAGAGCUCGGCGCGGGCCACCUCACCGACGCCCACCUGGUGAAAGCCAUGAGCCUCGCCUGGAGCGUGGAGAUGAUCCAGUCCGCCAUGGCGCUGGCGGACGACAUCGCAGACCAGGCGCCCGAGCGACGCGGCAAGCCUAGCUGGUACACGGUGGCGGGCCCGGGGGCCGUGUUCGACGUGCUCCUCGUCGAGCACUGCACCUACCGCCUGCUCAAGAGGCACUUCAGCGGCGACAGAUACUCACGCAUGAUCAUGCUCUACGUCAGGACAAUGUUCCAGCUUUGCUUCGGCCAGAACAACGACAUCCACUGCAUGGCCGAGGGGAGGGCCAAGUUCGACGAGUUCAGCCUGGAGCGGUACCAAGCGCUGUGCGAGUUCAAGAGUGGCGAGUACACCUUCUACCUCCCCACCGCGACGGCCAUGUUCGCAUGUGGCGUGAACGAUAAAGACGCGCACGACGCUGCCCGGGAUAUUAGCUCCGAUUUGGGCCUCAUUUACCAAAUCCAGGAUGACUACCUGGACAGCUACGGAGUUGUAGAACGCAUGGGGAAGCCGAGAACUGACAUCAAGAAUGGCAAAUGCACCUGGCUUAUUGCCGAGGCAAAGCGGAGAGCUACCCCCGCACAGCUGAAAGCUCUCAAGGAAAACUACGGCUUCGACGACGAAGAGAAAAUAGCUAAUAUAGCCCAGUUGUACGAGGACCUCGACAUGAAACAAGUGUUUCUCGACUAUGAGCACAAGUCGUUCCGGGACAUCGCCCAAAAAAUAGACAAGUAUUCUCACGUACUUCCUCGUGUCUUGUACACGUACGUUUUAGAAAGCAUCAAGUACCACAUCAACCGGUAACCACGACCAAGACAAUAAAACAUUGUACAGUUCGUA